AAGCGCUGGCAAACCAAAAGUAAGGAGCGAAGCCCACACUUGGUUCGGUGAGGCCAGCCGACAACAGUUCAUAUGACCGCUCGUUUAGUGCCAUGAUCGUCAUCACGGCGGACAGAAGCGUUAGUGACAAAAAUCCAGUUCAGUAAUACGAAUUUUCAUCGCCAUAUUUAAACACACGCCUUAUAAAGAACAGACAUGUCUAAGCUAACUGUGACUAACUUCGCCAAGAGGACUGGAAGCCCCUUCCAGAAAGGCAACACUCCAGAGGAAAUUAAAAUAGUGCACGAAGAAGUUAUCGAAAAGAGCACUUUUGAAAAACAGAAGGAGAAGCAGAGUGAGUUGAUUCAGAAGGUGAAUAAGAAGGCGGCGGAGUACCAGUCCAACAAACCAAGUUCUGGUGUUUUCACUGAAGUGGUGUCUCACGGUGCUUUUACUUCAAAAAACAGGAAUUCAAGUAAUACAACCACUGUUAGUUCUCCGAAAGUUGAAAGUCCCACACCACCGAAGUCCAAUGGAUCGAACAGUUCAAAAUCCUUGCUCAGAUUCCCAUCUUCAGCAAACGACUUGGCUCUCGACGCAAAAUCCGAUCUGGAAUCGGAUCCAAACAUAUCAAAAGUGGUAAAAGAUAAAGUGAUUGAGAAACUAUUUGCUCUCGUCUCGAUGGUACAACACACGUACGAAUCGAAAGUGAGAAUAAUGACAGAGUUCGAGAAAUACAAAGACACACACAUGAAGAACGAGAUGCGAAGAGAGAAAGAAUAUUCAGAGCAGAUGUACAAGCUGAACAUGAAUUUUCAAAACGAAGUUGUUCAAGCGAUACAGAGGUUGAAGAGUGAAUUGGAUAUCACGAGAAACGUUAGUCAAAAUGUUGAUGAAGCUAGUGCCAGUUCAAAAGAUACUUCAGUUGAUUUUAAUACCUUUGAUGAAGUACCAUUAUCCAAUUUAGAUGAAAAAGCUGAUACGAUUGAAGAAACAGAGGUAUCUACUAUCGAGCGACUUGGCGAUGAGAAUGCAAACAGUGAUGUAAUUAAGGAUGAGUAAUUUAGUAAGGACGUUCGUAUAGGAUUUAAUUUAUAUUUAACAUUAGUCACCGUUAUUAAUAAAUGUUUUGUGUUUUU